GACUGUUUAGAGAGGAAUAAACUGCCUUUUGCACUGUGUCUAAGUGUCAGACAGUAACAUAUAUAUGUAUGGGAGAUUAAACAUUUGCAUAAAGGAAUAGCCAUGACCCAUGUCAAUUUGAAAACGUGUUUGAUAUUUCGUUGCCGUUGGAAAUUAAUCGGGGGACGUAAUAUCAGGACUUUUAUUUCGAAGACCUCACUUACAGGAAGUAACUGUGUUACGCUACCACCAAAACAGCGGUAGCAACGUGCAAGGUUGGGUAAACAACCGCGUGGCAACCAGUAUGUAGAAGUUACAAGCAGCAAGCAGCAAGCUACUACUACAUCAAUCUAUCAAUCUAUUCAUUAUUUUGAUAGCCAACCACCACGUUGUGCCAUCGUUCUAUUUUAGAUAUGGAGACCGGAGAUUCUAAGGCACAGAGCACGCGACGAAGGGAUUUACCGCCUAUCCCACAGCGUGGACAGCAUACCUUGCCUCCUAUGCCAAGCCAAGAUGCCGGUGAUGAGGUGCCGGUACCUAAGAAUAAGAAGAAGAAGGUGAAACGAGGAGUGGACAGUGUGGAUGACCCAGAGGCCGACCCUGGGAUGGAGAUGGGGGGUGUAAACAGUCGCAGAGCGUCGCAGGCCAGUAAGCCCGUGACCCCUGACCCUGAGGGCGCACCUCAAAAGAGGAGGAGGAAGAAGAAAGCCGCCACUAUAGAUCUGGAGGACGAUCAGGCCGACCUGGUCAACGGGGGCAGUGCUGAUCAGAACACGGACGGGGAGGAAGUCGUCAAGAAACCAAAAAAGAAGAAGAAGCCCAAGGGGAUCGAGCCUCAGUAUACAGAGGAUUUGGACGUCGAGGAGGAUGACAUCAUCAGCGAUGGCCAGCCGUCCAUCCCCCACCAUUCCCUGUUCUCCGCCCCUCUGGGUCAGAGCCAGCCGGUGGGGAAGAUGUUUGUGGAGAGGACCAAGCGGUUUCAGCCAGCUGACCACUCCGAGCGACAGAAGACCAGCGAUCAGACCGACAACCACUACAUGGAGAUACAGCCCAUGUGGACCACCAGGGACGUCUCCCUCAAGGUGCACUCUGGAUUCAGGGUUCUUGGUCUGUUCUGCAACGGGUUCCUGGCAGGCUACGCAGUGUGGAACAUCAUCAUCGUGUACGUUCUGGCCGGGCGGCAGCUGACAGCCCUGCCUAACCUGCUGCUGCAGUACCACACCCUGGCAUAUCCCACCCAGUCCCUUCUGUUCCUGCUGCUGGCCAUCAGCACUGUGUCUGCCUUCGACAGGGUCAACCUGGCAAACGGCCCCACGGCUAUCAAAGAGUUUGUUACUCUGGACCCGGUUGCUUUAGCCUCAUUCUUGUAUUUCUCUGCUCUUGUCCUCUCUCUCAGCCAGCAGAUGACCAGUGAUCGCAUCAACCUUUACUCAACUUAUAAUCAAACACUAUGGCCCCCUGGGUCCGAGCAGCAGGUCCUACACCCCUGGGUGAUCGUCAACCUGGUGGUGGCCCUGCUGGUGGGGCUGGCCUGGAUCUUCAUCUCCACACGCCCCGAGAUGGACUACACUGAAAGUUUCCUGAUGGCAAUGAAGAUAGACCCAGAGAAACCUGAGGAGAAACCACAGAUGGCUUAAAUAGUUAUUGUUUUUGUAUUGCACAUAUUCUUUUAUACUGUAUUUUUGUUAGACAAUGUGAUUGAAUGUGAAGUUGAUUUUGUAUGAUAAAUGGAAGACGUACCAUGGGAAUUUCUUCUGAAAAGAUUUUCUUCUAUAAAACGUUUUUUUGUCCAGUUAUGUAAU